UCAUAAAUACAAUAAUUACAGCUUGGGCAGAAAUAAACGACGCACUCUCCUAGUUCCACAGGCUGCCUCCGUAGCUAACAACACUACUGUCCCACUGACAGAAGGGAGAGAGAGCACAAGGACCACCUGUUCUCUGAGUUGUUGUUUGUACUGUAUUGUACUGGGAUUUAUUUUUCUACAAAUUGUUUCUAUUUCGAAGCAUGGAUUUGCUCCUGGAUUUUGGCUAAUUAUGACAGAUUUCCUUCUCCUAGUUUUCUCAAAGCCAAACAGGAUUUUCUUGACUCAUUUCACUCGUGAGAGAAAUUAGUGGGAAUCUUUUACCAUGUCUGUGACUGCCCUGUUUAGGGGCAAGUGGGGCCAGAAGACACAAGAAACCCCAGUGAAGCCUCCAACUGCUGCGGUUCAACCCCGGCACGAGGAGGAUGUUGACGAGGAUGAUACCAAAGCUGGUUUCAGCAAAGAGCCUAUUCGCAGGAACUCACGCUUUUACCGGUCAAUGAGGAAAAAGAGGCUGGUCUCAUCUGAGCAGUCUGAAAGUUCUACCAGACCUGGACCAGACCACAGUCCAUCCAACAGAGCAGGAGUUUCCCACUCUAAUUCUCCUUUACCCCACAAAUCACCUUUGUUGCCCGGGGCUAGACGCCUUCCACCAUCACCAAAGCUCCACGAUACCAGAACUGUGUUGCCAAGCAAUGGUGAGGCCAGCAGCAGACAUGCUCUGUACAACAAGGAUGCUGUGGAUAAGAGAAGAGGAGGUGUGGGUGGAGGGAGUGUGGACACAUCGGCUGCCUCCAACAGCCAGCAUAGAGACUUUGCAGAUGACAGGAUCACUUACCGGACUCACAGCAUUCAUAGUGGAGACAUAAAAAAGCUGUCGGAGCAAACGGCUGCAGCUUGCACUGUACAGGAGGUCAGAGGGAUAGCCAUGAGCUCACAACAGCCCAGUUCUGACGGAGCAGACCGGGAUCACUUCAACCGCAGGUUGCUGAGCAAUGGAGAAAGCUCACAGACAAUCUGCCACAGCAUCAACAUCAUCAAAAACAUUGCCUUCUUGUACCAGGAGUACCGGGAUACAUCAAAGCAGCAGGAGAUUGAGCAGCGGCGGCAGCGCGACAACCUCUCCCCUGGGAUCUGGACAGGGACUAUGGUGGCAGAGCCCGGUGUCGUGUCCCCCCCAGCGUUACAUCUGCAGCUGAGAAACAGUGAUCGCUCACUGAGCUUGUGGCAGAAUCUGGAAGCUGUGCAGGCCAGUGGGAUGCUCAGCCAGUUACAGCAGAAAGAAAUCAUAAUGCAAGAGGCCAUGUUUGAGCUUAUCACAUCAGAGGCAUCCUACUACAAGAGUUUGGAGAUUUUAGAGGCUCACUUCCUACGUAACCCUGUUUUAUUCAACACUCUCAGCCAAUCCGACAUGCAUUUUCUCUUCUCCAACAUUGAGGAGGUCAUGAAAGCCAGUGAAAGGUUCCUCAUGGAUCUUGAGCACCGAAUCGAGAAGUCCAUUUUCAUUUCUGAUGUGUGCGACAUUGUUUACCACCAUGCUGUGGAACACUUCAGUGUCUUCAUCAAAUACGUUAUCAACCAAGUAUACCAGGAGAAGAACUACAGACGUAUUUUAGAGGGGAACCAGGCUUUUCGGGAGACCAUGGCUGCACUGGAGAAUCAUUCUUGUGUCAGAGGCCUGUCCUUUACGUCAUUCCUCAUCCUUCCAUUCCAGAGGAUCACAAGGCUCAAGCUGCUUGUUCAGAAUAUCCUGAAGAAAGCUGAGGAAAACUCAGACAGGGAAGCAAAUGCUAUAAUAGCACAUCAGCAGCUGGAGCAGAUUGUGAAAGAGUGUAACGAGGGAGUCAGAAAAAUGAGUCGUACCGAGGAUCUUAUUAGGAUAGAGAAAACACUGGAGUUUAAAUCCAAGUCUGUGCCCAUCAUUUCUCACUCACGCUGGUUGCUAAAGAAGGGUGAAGUGCAGCUAAUGGCUGGACCAAAGAGCACUCGGACCAUGCGGAGUCGUAAACUCUACCAACCGGUCUACUUAUUUCUUUUUAACAAUCUGCUGCUGGUAACCAAGCCCAGCUCCAGUGGGGACAAGUUCCAGGUUCUCGACUCGUGCACACGGGCCAUGUUGAGGACUGAGGAUCUGGACGACCAGGGCCAGCUGCUGGCCAGUGUCUUUAAUCUUAAGCUACUGGAGAACCAAGAGGAUCGUCAAGUCAACUACAUGCUCAAGACGGCCAGUAUGAGUGACAAGCUGCGAUGGAUUUGCGCUCUCACUCCAAACCGGCGCACGCGCUUUAUGUCUACCAACGCCCACCAACCAGACUCUCCACAGGUGCAGUGUAUUCAGUCAUACUCAUCUCAGGAGCCAGAUGAACUCUCCAUUGAGAUGGCUGAUGUUUUGAACCUCCUAGAGAGAACAGAUGAUGGCUGGAUGUUGGGUGAAAGGCUCCAUGAUGGUGAAAGGGGCUGGUUCCCUGGCCGAUUAGUAGAGGAGAUCCAGAGCAAGGAGGUCCGAGCUCAGAACCUGAGAGAGGCCUUUAGGAUCCAACAAGCCCAAGAAGGUGGAGGAGGAGGACCGCAAACUGGAGCCAGGGUUGGUGUGAGGGCAGGGAGACGCACCCAUAAGGUGUCCAGCUUCUCCAGUCCUCGGAUUGAUCAAAUGGGGGAAAGCAGUGAAGUAAAGCAGUGAAUCAGUAACAGCGAUGAAUGUCACCAUUCAGGACCAUAUGCAUGAAAAGUAAAAUGAUCAGGAGACAUGUGACUUAAUUCCCACACAAUGACACCUUGUCCUUUGAUUUUCAUUGAGCAGUGGAUGGAGAAAUCCAGAGAUGAUUAAAGUGCUUGAGUCAGUAACCUUGAACAUGUGAUGCUGCAUGUUUCAUAUAAAUGUGUAGUAAAUGUGUAUUGUACGCCCACACACCAUGGUGUGUAAUGCAUGGCACAAAGCUCUAUGUAUGGUAGAGAGCUUUGUGUGGAAAUGACCCCUAACAGUCUAAAGGUACUGCUGCAUGGACAAUUUUUGAAACUUUUAGUGUUCAUUACAUUGUAAAAUACCCAUACACAUUACAUUUCUAAUGGCCCUGAUAGCUCAAUGCACUGCAACUUAAGAAAGCAUAUGCAGUGAAUUAAAGCAAAGGACCUUCAUCAAUUGCCAAACAUGUGCAGCUUUCAUCUGGAUCUUCUGCUCUUAAAACCAGAAGUUAAAGCAAAGCAAACUACUCUGACUGGUCAUUCGAUACUCACACUUUUGGUAUCAUCUACAGACAAUGCUGAUAAAACGUUUUUUAAAGAAAUGUCAAACCAGAUAAAAUUACACAUUUUCAAAUGUGUCUUUAAUUUCAACUUGACAGAAAUGCUUAUUCAUCUCAAUUGGCUGAAGCGCUUGUAACUGAACUUGCUCCAAGCUUCGCUAAUCAAAAUACCACAUGAUGUGAUUUUUUUUUCAGCAUUUUAUAACCAACAUUUUGAAUGUUGCAAGUAUUUUGAGUUUAAACAUACAAAACAUAUCCCAGUUUUGUAUGUUUCAUUGAAGGUCUCCAGAAAAUGUCUCCAUACACAUGAUUUCCAUCUUCUCUGGGGUCACAAAGGCCCAACUUACUGACAAGCUGCUUGAACUGUGAUUAUUGCCAUGAUUAUCAUUUGCUGGUGUUUUGACUAUUUGCCUGAGUGCAGUGCAUUGUGCUUUCAGGGUCACCAUACAAAUAUCUAACACAAAUUAAGACAAAGAUUAAUGUUGCAUCCAAAUCACUGAUGGUGAUUUAAAGGUCUGUGUCUAUAAAUAUUAAUGUAAUGAGUCAGAGUGGCACUCCAUCCAAAAUGUAUCUUGAGUAUGAAACACUGACUAUAGCCAGCCUUCAGUGCUGGCUGUAAAAGAAGCCGAGUGAUCAGCUUGUCUUCACAACAGUGUCAAGACAUCCAUGCAAAGACACGCACACACACAAAUUGAACACAAAUGUUUCUGCAUUUUAAGAAAAAUACAAUGUUGGCUGCAACCUAAGUCACACAACAAGAGGUUAGAAGAACACACACAGCAGGGCCAUAUAGUCACUCAUCUGCCUGCUUCAAUUGGUGUAUUUAACAAUUCAAUUUAUUUUACAUCUAUGCUUCUGCAACAGUGCGACAGUAACUUCAUGAACAAUAAGCAGGGCAGAGGAAACUUAAAUGAAUAUGCAUAUGACUAUGAUCCACAACAAGCAUCUUUGCACAUUUCCAGACCCAUAUUUGACCUGCUGCAUCCUUGCUAAUGCUACUGGGACCAGGUUCAACGGUGGGUGACUAUGGUUAAAAAAACUUUUCCAACUUUGGUAGCUUGACUCGUGUUUCUCAUUUCACUAAACAGAUCUCUGGCUUUAUCAAAUAGUAGAUAUAUAAAAGAAAAAAGGAAGUGGUCUAAUAACCUAACUGAUUUAUUUGACAACUUAUUUAGAGAAAGUGGAAUCCUGGAUUCCCCCCAUCAAUCUGCAUCCACACCAAAAUGUAAUGGGUUCCUCCCAGGCCAAGGGCCCAUCCCUUCACCAACAUUGGCAGAAAUUGGUUUAAUAGUUUUUGUGUAAUUCUGCUAAUGAAAUACUCUACCAAGCAAACAAACAAAUCUUACAGACAGACAAGAGUGAAGACAUAAACUCAUGGCAGAGGUAAUAACUGCCAUAUGAUGAAGGAGACACUAGACACAUUGGACUACAGUAUUUCCCAGUUAUUGUUCCCACAAGACCGUCUGAAGCUCUAAUGCUAAGAGCAACAGUCGUCUUCUCAGCCUACAGUGUUUGAUACUCAAGAGAGACAAAAUCACUUUGAAAUGAUCGGUUAACAAAAGCACACACACACACACAAACACACACGCGCACAGAUGCAGACACACACACACACACACACACACACACACACACACACACACACACACACACACACAUUGCAAUUUAAUGCCAAAUAACUGCAAUAUAUCACAAAUGCAUUGAAUGUAUUAACACUAACAACAACUAUGGAUCAUUGCAAUUGUAAAGCCUGUGUGUCUUUAAAUAAUGUGUGUACAGUACAGCAAACAUUUAAUGUUUAAAGUAAUAAUUACUAAAUAAUUAUUUCAUUUUGUAAGAUGUAAAUUAUUGUUCAUAAAAAAGCACUGAUC